UUUUUUUAAAAAAAGAAAGAAAUCCCCAAAUUGAAUUGCGAAAUCGCAAUUAGGGAUCUCUCUGUGAAUCGUGAUGGCGUCGUCAAGCGAUCCAUCAAAAACAGUAAUGGAGAGGAAGAAGAAAGGAGCUCCGAUCAAAUUCUUGGUCCCUCUCAUCUACGCGCCUGCUCUUCCUUUGAUUCGGUUGUCUUUGAGACAUAAACCAGUUCUCAGAGACCGUCUCUUCGGUCUUGUCCUCGCCGGUGCUUUUGCUCAUGGCUUCUAUCUUGUAACGGAUAUAUAUGAUGCAGAGAGCAAAUGAAAAACUUUGGAGUUGCAGCCAUUCAACAAGAGCUCAAUAUUUCUCACAUUUCUGUCUUUUAGAUAAAUAAAUUUUGCUUUUGGGUUUAAACCUCUUGAUACAUUCUUAUCCAUUAGUCAUUGUUCCCUAAGAAAAAAAGUGUAUCACCUUUUACAUUUUUCAAUCCCAUUCUUGAUUUUCAAUGUCUUGAGUGGAGAACAAAACCAGUUUGACAUAAUAUGGCAUCCACAUGAACACAUGUCUAUGAUAUGAUCAUAUGGAUAAGGAAUAUAUUUCUAUUGGUA